GAUAAUGUGAAAUCAAAAUCUGGUUGAGUUUGCAUUCAUAUUAAAGCCUCCAUAUGUUGACAAAACAAGUGUUUUAAGUGGAUGUCGAACUAAUUAAUGAAGAUUUAUGACAAACCAAAUGUUGACUGACAAAAAAAGUCUCUUCGUUUCAACAAAAAUGAUAAAGAGUUAUGGAUCAUAUUUUGAGUUUAAUGAUUGACACUUAUUUAAAAAAAGUUAAAUGAAAUGUAACUAUAAAUCUGGUGACACGACACCAAAUGGUUUAGGUGGUACUCAUGAUAACCCAAAAGAAAAUAGUUGGCUCUAAUCCAACAACGCAUGCUUCAAACCAAAGUGGUUUGACUCUUACCAAACACAACAUCUCAUCACUGACUCGAUUAAAACCCAUAUAGUAGCUUAUAAAUAAACCCGACCAAACUUAAAAAAAUUAGACAAGCAAACGUCCCAAAAUGGAACCUCAAGAAACAGAGCCACCACCUCGAAAACAACUUAGACAGCCUCCUUCUGUGCCUUUCGUUUGGGAAGAACGACCUGGCUUCCCAAAGAAGAACUGGCAACCUUCACUAGCCACCUUCGUGCCUUCUCCUCCUCCUCUUCCUCCCCCUAUACCAGUCCCGGUUAAGCUGGUCACAUCGGUUCCUUUCCGUUGGGAAGAGACCCCUGGUAAACCGGUCCCUUAUUCCACAAACGACCCACCUAAGCUUCCACAGCCACCUUCAGAAACCGUCACCACUCCUCAUCCGUUACCACCUCCGGUUCCAGUUCCGGUUAAGCUAGUUACAUCGGUUCCAUUCGACUGGGAAGAAACUCCUGGACAACCGUACCCUUGCUUCGUUGAUUUCAACCCACCUGACCCGUUGGAUCAACCGCUGCCACCACCUCCCAUGUACGGUACUGGUGAGGAGGUUGAAACCAGCAGCGAUACUUACGAUGACGCAAGCAGCGACUCCUUCAGCUCUGUACCCAUAUCAGGUGCUACUGCUGCGGAUGACAACCUGACAUCUCCAGGCUAUGAAUCUGAUGACAGUACGAGCAGUUACAUGACAGGAGCUUCCAGCCUCGUGGGAGCUUCCUUCUUGGAAAAGCUUUUUCCACGUCUUCUCCCACAGGAAAAGGCUAAAGCUGCUGAUUCUACUGAGGCUUUUCAGGACUCUACUCGUCCAUUGCAUGAAGAGGUGAAGCUUACGGCAGAUUCUGGUAACAUGAAGAUUGGCUUUCCUGUGAAGAUGCCGCAGACGCUCGGGGAGCUGAUAAUGCUGAGUAGAAAGAGAAGCUAUAUGAGAAGAGCUGUUGCAAUGAGAAAGCACAAUCCUUCCAUGGGAUUUACAAAGAAUGGAGCUGAGAGGUUCUGCAUCAAAAUGAAACAAGGACAUGAGUGGGAAAAAUACCAACCGAGGCUGAAGCUUGUUUAGAAGAAAACUCUUAUUUAAACUAUGAACUUGUAUUUGUACAAACAGAUGCGAUAUUGAACUCCCAAGCUCUUUCUUAUGCAAAA